AUGCCAGUUCGCGUAUGUUGCCAUGGGGACACAUCCCCACAAGGUAUUGUAAAUAAGCAAAACACUCCUUACUUUGCAGUCAUGUCCUAUCGAGAGCUAAGAAAUCUCUGUGAGAUGACUCGAGCUAUUGGCUAUCCUCGCAUCCUAUCACUUGAAAACUUCCGCACACCAAAUUUCAAACUUGUUGCUGAAUUGUUAGAGUGGAUUGUUAAGAGGUUCGAUCCUAGCGCAACAAUAAGCGCGGAACAGACAACGAAUGAACAGGAUCGAGUUCUAUUCAUAAAACAAGCAGUUCUGCUUUUACUGCAGAACUCGAGACUCAAACUGAACCCCAGGAAGCUUUAUCAGCUGCAAGAUUUAAGUAUCAAACUUUAG